AUGAGUUCGAACGAUGCGAUGACCAAGAGGUCUUUGCUUGCAGUAAUUGCUGAUGAAGAUUCAGUAACAGGAUUAUUAUUGGCAGGUGUGGGCCAGGUGUCCAACGAGCCAGGGAAGGAAUCCAAUUUCCUUACGGUGGUUCCAGGUAAGACGUCUGUUGAAGAGGUUGAAGAAGCAUUUGAGAGAUUUACAACCUCAAGAGAUGACAUUGCCAUCUUGUUGAUUAAUCAGCAUAUUGCAGACUUGAUAAGACACAAGGUUGACACUUACACCAACGCAUUUCCAGCUAUUUUGGAAAUUCCCUCUAAAGAUCAUCCUUAUGAUCCAGAGAAAGAUUCCAUCUUAAAGAAAGUCAGACGUCUCUUCGGAGAGUAA